GACCAACAUUCAUGGCAAGAGGAGUUGGAUUUUCUCUAGCUGUGGCAGCGGGAUUCUGCGCUGCAAUGGCCUCAGUCUUCUCCAAGUUAGCCUUUGAAGAGGAGGGAGCUACACUCAAGCACAUCACAUGUCCCUUUGUAGCUGAAAGUGUGUGUCCUAGUGUAGUGUUGGCUUUGAGAGUUGGUAGUUUCAUACUCCUCUUCCUGAGCAAUGCAGUGAUGUGGGCGCUGUUUGUGAGGGCUCUACAAGGCUGUGGGUCAACCGUGGAGGCAGCUGUGGCAAACAGUGGCAGCAACUUCAUAUUCACAGCACUGUUUGGGAUAUUUCUGUUUGGCGAGUCGGUGUCCCUGAUGUGGUGGUUUGGAGCCUCUCUAGUGGUACUGGGUCUGGUGGUGAUACAACAUGGAGUCAGGGACCCAGAGAGUGACAAAAAGCUGUAG